GUGCAGGUGCAGAAGCGGGAGAUGGGGGCUUCCAGGCGGGUAACGUUAGAACGUGAUGACAGCGGAUAAAACGGAACAUAAUAAGUUUACCACUGCAUUUAUAAUGCAAAGUAGAAGGGAGACUUUCACUUGCUGAACGACAUGAGGUUGAUUAAAUCUGUGCAAGGCGCCUCAUAAAGCCACUUGGCAUAUCUGAAACCGAAUGAAAUGAUAAGCAGCCGGAGUGCAACAGAUUACCGGUCUGGCUUAGGGGAUCAUGGCUACUCCAGUGAGACUCAGCGGCCAGCUGAGAUUCAGAAACUCCUUGUGGAAUUCCGGACCCUUUACCACGAGCGCCUUCGACGCAUUGACCAAUCGGAUGACAGCCAGGAGGAGGCUCUGCAGAGUAAGGUGGGCGUGCUGCAGUCGUUUGUGCGGGACCUGAGUGAGCAGAAUGAGGUUCUGAUCCAGGCGCUGGAGGCUGAGGAGGCGGAGGGCCGGGCGGUGGAGGGGAGAACAGCCAACCUGCACAAAGAGCUGGAGCGGCGCCUAUCCUUGGCUCUGUGCCCGAUGCCAGUGGACCUCGCGGGAACCACGGCAACGUUCCUCCGGACCCCUGGAGAAAUGGCAGACCAUUACAGGGAUGCGCAGACACACCUGUCUACCCAGGAUGCUAUACUUCAGCAGCUCAAAGAGGCCUGUCUAUCUCAGCAGGAAGCCCAGGUUAAAGUGGAGGAGCGUGAAGCCCAGGUCCAGGAGCUGCAGGACACCAUCACAGAGCUGCACCAGGAGAUGACCAGGAAGGACCAGGACAAGCUGACACAGCUGCAGGAGCUCCACCAGCUGGAGAGCAGGGUGAAGCAGCUCACUGACCAGGUCAGGAGCUCUGAGGAGACCAUUGGCCAGCUGAGACAGGAGGUGGCUGUUAGAGUGGGCAUCAGCAGCACAACCCUGUCUGGGGACGGGAGUACUACUGACCCUACAGGAUCCAGUCCAGUCCCACAUCUUACAGAACAGAGGAGCAGAGAACUGCUGAAGACUGAGUUAUCGCGUCGGGACGCAACCAUCCAGAGGCUCCGGCGAGAUCUGCUGCUCUCCCACCAGGCCCGUGACUCCCAGUCUGCUCAGCUGGAUGUCCAUGGGCAGAGGAUCUCUCAGCUGCAGACAGAGCUACAGGAGAGCCAACUGGAGCUCCAGAGGGGACACAGCCGAAGAGAGCAGCAGCAGAGGGACCUGCAGACCCAGACACAGCAGGCAGAGGAGCUCCACACUCAGCUGGCUGAGGUCAAAGGGCGUCUUGUGCAGGUGGAGGGAGAAAAUGAGGCACUCAUGGGAUAUAAGCGGGAGCAGGGAGCCGAGGUGGAAAGGCUGGCAGUGGUGGUGUGUUCUCUGCAGAGCUCUGCCAGGGACAGAGAGGGCACAGAGAGUGCCCAGGCCGAGCGGAGGCGUGUGGACCUGGAGGGGGAGCUGACAGAGACCCGUGUCCAGCUCACGGAGUGCCAGGACAGGCUACAGGAAGCCAGGAGGAGGGCUGAGGAGCAGACCCAGAAGUGUCAGGCCAAGGUGUCCAGUCUGAAGAGCCAGCAUGGCUGUGUUAGUCAGCAGCUGCAGGACAGGAGUGCUGAGGUGCAGAGGCUCCAGAAGUCAUUGGCUGAGCUACAUGGGCGAGAGAUGGAGUGGGAGAGAGAGACAUCUGCCCUGCAGGGCCAGCUGGGCCGUGCCAGAGAGGAGCUCCACAGCGCCAUCCUCAGGAGGCAGGCACAGCAGCAGAAGGAAGAGCUGUUUGGUGAGCUGCAGAGGGAGGUGGACAGACUGAAGAAUGAGAGACAGGAGAUGCGAAAAAAGCUUUGUGGUAGAGAAGAGGAGCUGAAGAAGCUGAGAGACGAGCAGCAUCAGCUCAAGGACAAGGUGAGGGAGAGCGAUGUGCAGGCUGUGUGGCUGCAGAGCCAGGCAGACGUGGUGGGUCGGGAGCUGUGGGAGGAGAGUGCCCAGCGGGACAGGGAGCUGUGGGAGUGGAGGGACCGCUACCAUGCUGUCUCAGAGGGACUGCGGCUGAGGGAGGCUGGGCUUGAGGAGGUGCAGAGGGCCAGGGACACGGCCCUCAAAAGCCUGAGACUACAGGAGGAGAAGACCCACAGUCUGGGGGCCCAGAGGCAGGAGCUGCAGCACAGCCUGGACGGCCUACAGGACAGGCUUGCCCAGAAGGAGGAGAUGGUCGUGGCUCUCAGAGUGAAGCUGCAGGACCAUGAAGAAGACGCCCGUGUUCUCCGCCAACAGCUGCUCUCCUCCCAAGAUGCACUGCAGCAAGUUACUGCCGAGCUGAGGUCAUGUAAACGAGAGAGGGAGAAGCAGGAUAGCCAGUGUGUGGAGACAGAGGAGAGACUGGCUGAGAUCAGAGCUGAUCUGGUCCAACUACAGCAGCAGUAUACCACCUGCUAUGCCCAGCUGGUCCAGGAGGAGGCUGGGGUGGGCAGGCUGAGGGAGGAGCUGCGUGAGGUGAGGGAACAGAGGGACAGACUGGCCUUUCAGGUGACAGAGAACCAGGACCUGAGCCAUGACCUGGACCUGCUCAGUGAGAAACACAAGGCUGCACAGCACGAGGUGAUCAACAGGGAUGAGACAGUGCUGAGACUGACCACAGAACUGAGGACUGCCCAGGAACACCUGAAAUCAGCUCAGGAUGAGCUGUCAGUGCAGGCUCAGCAGGAGCAGGCCCUUGGAGAGGAGGUGCAGAGGCUGCAGAAGGAGGUGAGCUGUCUCCAGGGCAGCCUGAGUCAGAGAGAGGAGGACAUGGAGUCACAACUACAGACAACUGGCCAGCUACAGCAGGAGAGGGACAGCCUGCUCACACAGCGGGACAACCAGCAGGGGGCAGUGUGUGUUCUGCGUGGGGAGCUGCAGCGGUGGCAGGCGGAGGCCCGGGCUCAGCAGGAGAGCAGGGAGGAGGAGGUGUUGGGGCUGAGGGCUGAGCUACAGGAGACCCAGGGCAGGCUGCAGCAGUGUAGAGCAACCAUGAAGCACCUCCGCUCUGACCUGGAGCAGGCCCAGAGACAUACCAGGCAGGCAGAGGAGGAGGCAACUGAUAGGGAGAACCGUCUGCGGGGCCAGGAGGCAGAGUUGUCCAGGCUGAGGGCUGUGCUGCAGGAGGCUGAGAGCAGAGCAGCGGACACAGAGACCAGGCUGCAGGCCCUGACCCAGUCCCUGGAGCUGUACAGGGCAAAGUACCAGGCCUGCCUCACCAAGAUCUCCCAGCAGGACAGCACUCUACAGGCCCAGGACGAGGAUCUGAAGGAAGCCAGGGCUCAGGUGGUGGAGCGGGACGAGCAUGUGUUGCGUCUGUGUGCCCAGGCGUUGGUGUUGCAGGGGGAGCUGAAGGCCCACAGUGCCCAGCUGGAGAGCGGGGAUGACGCCCUGAGUGCCCUGAGCCAGCACCUCCGAGACACCCAGAGAGACCUGGAGUCCAGCCGCAAACACAGCCAGGAGUGUGAGAUGGUCAUCAGCACUAUGAGAGACAGCACCGCCGCACUGAGACAACAGGUGGAGGAACAGGAGGAGAGUGUGGUGAAGAGCCAAGCUGAUUUCUCUGUCUACAGAGCCACUCACAUCCACUCUGACUCAGACUACGACUCGCAGCUCUGCCGUAUCCAGGAACUACAACAGGCAUUCUCCCAGACCGUGGAGCAGUGUGCCCAGGGUAGCCAGGACCUCAGUGUGUGCCAGUCGGAGGUUCGUCAGCUGAGAGAGGAGGUGUCCAGACUCACCCAGCUCAAGGACAGCAGUGUGGCAGAGGUGCUGUGGCUGCAAGAGGCUGGGAGGCAGCUCCAGGCAGAGACCAUGAUGGAGGGCCAGCGCAGGCUGGAGGAGGUGGGUGCUCAAGAGCAGAGGGCUGCCAGGCUGGAGCAGGACCUGCAGGCCGCCCACACCCAGUGUGCCAAGAGACAGCAGGCGGUGCAGAAGCGGGAUAACCUCCUGAGGCGUUCGGAGGCUGACCUGCUGGAGGCCCGGGAGACUCUGAGGAGUCGGGCUGUGGAGGUGGAGCGGCAGGCGGCUGCAGCCAGGGGCCUGGAGGCUGACGUCCAGAGGGCCAGGAGGGAAGGACAGCAGAGAGAGGCAGAGUGUGGCUCUCUCAGGACCCAGCUGAUGACCCUCACGGAGGAACUAAAGGAGGCCCAGGGACGCUGCAGGGACACAGCACAGGAGCUGGCUCGUCAGGAGGAGAAGGUGUUGCUGGUGGAGGGGGGGCAGCAUCGGGCACAGGAACACCUGGCAGAGCGGGUGGCAGAGGUGGUGAGGGCAGAGCAGGCCCAGAGAAAGCUACAGGCAGAGCUACGCACCUUAAAGGAGAGACUCUGCACCACAGAACAUGAGCUGCAGGGCUACAGGACCCAGGUGGAGAGUCUGAAGAAGGAGGCAGGGGAGAGCAGGCAGGCCCAGCUCAGUGCUCAGCAGGAGGCCAACACACACCGGAAGGGGGUUCAGCAGCUAGAGGCAGAGCUGACCAGCACCAAGGACACACUCAGGACUCUACAGCAGCAGCUGCAGGAGCAGGCUGAUGCCAGCCGGGCACUGCGGGCAGAGCUGUCCCAGGAGCAGGACAGGCAGCAGGAGCUGCAGGAGAGGAACCAGGGGGCCAGGGAGAGAGAGGCCCAGCUGGAGUCAGAGAGAGACCAGCUCAGAACCAACCUGGAAGCAGCUCACAGCCAGCUGAAGGAGCGGGAGAGGACUGUGGGGUGCCUGCAGGAGCGUGUGGUAGAGCUGCAGAGCACCACCCAGAGGCGGCAGGAGGAACAGACAGCCUGCCAGGCUCAGCUGCAGCAGUGCAGGAGGGAGCUGGAGAGCAGGGAGGGCCAGAGCCAGAGCCACAGCCAAGAGAUGAGUGUCCUUCAGGAGACAGUGUCCAGGCUGAGGGAGUGUGUAGAGGAGGCCCAGGCCAACAGCAGGCAGGGGACCAGGGACACAGCAGCAGCACAACACAGCCUCAGAGAGCUGAGACUGGAGCUGGCCUCCACCCAGGCUUCCCAUAGAGAGAGCAUGGAGCUGAUGGCUGAGCAGAGUGGUGAGGCUGCAGGUCUACGUAGUGAGCUGUCCCGCCUGCAGCAGAGGAGCUCCCAGCUGUCAGAGGAGAGAGGGGGCCAGGAGGAGAGGAACAGGCAGCUGGCUGCAGAGCUCCACAGACUACGCACUGCCAGCAGACAGUCACUGGACGAGACUCGGUCCUGUGAGGGCAGGCUGGCAGAGCUGAGUGCCCAGCUGGGGAGGUCUCAGCGCUGGGGCCAGGAGCAGCUGGUAGCCCUGGAGGUCCAGGAGGAGGAGGUGGUGCUGAUGAAAGUGGAGAUGGCUUCUCUCAGGGAGAACUACCAUGUCAAGGUGGCCCAGGUGGAUGCCUUACACUCACAGCUCCAUUCCAUGGAGCACAAGUACAGCACAGCAGCUAAUGAGGUGGAGGUGUUGCGCCAGUCUCUGGGUAACGCUCGUUCAGACAGUUCUCUUCUACACAGGGAGAGUGAGCUGGUGGUAACCAACGUCAACCAGUGGGUGAAGGAGCAGAAGCAAGGCAAUGAAAAACUGAACUUCAAGAUCAAAGACCAGAGCAAAAAGAUCAUCCAUCUCACUGCAGAGAAGGAUCACCUGCAGGAGAGUGUGGAGGGUCUGCAGGAGGAGAUGAAGAGGCUGAAGGCUGAGCUGGAUGAGAGCAGGAUUGAAGCCGAGAGGUUCAGGGCCUCUCAAGCCAGUAUGAGUGACCAGCGCCAGCGCAGUGCCCUGGCCAGACUUCCUGUCCAGCUGCUCCACACAGAAUCUGCUCUGACUGCGAGAGGAGCUUUGAGUGGUCAGGGAGACAACCUGUGGAGGAGGAAAACUCUGGCUGCCAAUCUGCAUCUGCGCUAGCCCCAGACGCAGCCUGUGCCUGCCUGGCAGGAAGGGGGGCCACGUUUGCUGCGGAGGUGGCCAGAAGAGUGGCCCUUAGGGCCCUGGAGCGCAGACCCCUGCCAUGUGGCCACCACCAUUGGAGCAGACCCGCUCUCUCAGCUGGAACGGGCCACGCCCUACACAUCUCAGGGAGGGACACUGGUGGGUGCUAGUAUGAACCAAUGAGAAGGGAAGUACAGGUAGUUAUUAUGACUCAAGAGAAUACAGCACACAAAUAUAUAUAUUUGAUUUGUAGUUUGAUAGAUAUGAAUACAUGAUUGUUUUAUAUUUAAGAUUAUUUAAUGAGAAUACUAAACUUGAAUAAUUUAAUUUCUUUGGUAUUUUCAGUAUAUCCUUUUUUUCCCUAAAUCUUAUCUUUGUGGCACAAUAUGUUCCCUUUCCUGUGUUCUCGAUUACUUAUUGUGAUUUUGUGGCACUACUACCUUUGCCUUAGGAAUUUAUUGAGAAAUCGGCUCAGUACUUAGAUUGUAAUUUACAACUUUAUGUAUGAAUGUACAGAAAAUCUGUUGUGAAUAAGUAGACAAUCAUAAUGUAGAACUGGGCUGAAAGAGUAAUGGUAAGAGAUUACAAUCUUACCUGUACAGUAUCUGGGUCCUUCCACCAAUUCGGUGCCUUUUUAGAAGUGUAACUUGUGAUUUCACAAAAUGUUGACAUUCUGUCCUAAAGAGCACAUGUUCAACACGUUGCCAUCUCAAGAGGUUAAAUAAAAAAAUUACUAUAGUUAGUGCCUAUUAAGUACCGAAUAAAUUCUCUGGGUUGAUCAUAUCAGGGUUGACCGUAACAGGGUUGAUCGUAUCAGGGUUGACAAUCUCGUCUUAAAUCAGCCAUAAAUCCCCUCGUGACAGUGGGAAUGGAAGCUUGUUGUGUGCAACAGGGAGUGGCAAUUGAAUGCAAGCUUCACACAAAAAAAAAUCGAAUUGCUUAAACAUUUCUAGCCUGUCUAUCUAUGGGUAACAGGGUUAUUCGUGUUAUGCUCGACCCGUUAGUUUUCUAUCACAAAACAGAAAAUGGCCGAACAAGUAGAACCAGCUCACCUGCUUUUACACUAUGAUUUAACUAUUUGAUGUUCAAGGUUUCUCUUGUAAAGGAAUAGUUUCAACAUAUUCAAACGAGAGGGUUGACCUUAAAAUGAGGGACAGAUGUAAAUGAAUCACUAAUCAAAUGAAAUAAAUAUCUUCAGAAAUGACUGAAUAGCUAGAGAUUUACAAUGGAGAAAUGUUUGGAUUAAAUGGGUUGAAGUCUUCCUAGAAGUGACACAGGGUUGGUACUUCAGCAAGCCUUUAUUCAUAUUAAAAAUCUGAUUUAUUGAAUUCUCCAUGUGGUCUAUAUUAAAGGGCACUUCAUUGAAUAUAACAGGCUUUUAAAAUCGAUAUUGGUGGACAAUUUCUAUUUAAAAUAUCAAAAGGCACUCUUCGUGGAAUGACCCAUCUGACAAAUACUUGUAUCUAUCCAUUCAGGGUUUUGAGUUUCAUUUACAUUUUUAUAUAAACCUAGAAAGAAAGAAUCAGAAAAAAAGUGUCCAGCCUUUUAUUGUGGUUUGAGAAAUAGUCCUGCUUAUUUCUGUGGUUGUCAAAUGAUGACUUGAUGUCUAGAUAAAAGUCCUAUAAAUGUA